CAGUGAUGACCGUUUGUUUUUUCAUUAUUUUUGACGAAAAUAAAAAAUAUCACAAUUCAAUUGAAAAAUUGGAGUAGUUCGUCCUUCUCUUAUUUCGUAGUUCUAAUAACUCUUAAUUACCGUUGUCGGAAUUGUCAAAUAUUCUAGGUUAAGUACACAAAUAAUAUAGUAAAAUGUCAUCAGUUUCGGUGUUUUGUUGUCUAAGAGGCUGUUUAGACGGCUUUAAGUUGAAUGCCAAUGCUCCACACCUGCCCAAAGAAAAUCCCAUUCAAUUGGACACUUCUUUCAUGGGCUACGAAGUUGUAAUAGUAAAAGGGGGCCAAAGAGUAUGUGGAGCUGGCGCAGCUCUUGGCAACGCGCCUCUAGUACAAUCCAAAGCAUAUUUUGAAGUCAAGGUGCAACAGAGUGGGUCUUGGUCUGUAGGAUUGGCCACUAGACAGACUGAUCUCAGUUUAACACAAGGUGGUAUGGAUGAGUUUUCAUGGACUUUAGGUCAUGAUCAUAUUUUGAGGCACAACAAACAAGAACAGUAUAAAAUAAACAUUUCAAAUGGUGCUGUGGGUGAAAUACAGAGCAUACAGGAAGGUGACAUUAUUGGUGUUGCCUUUGAUCACAUACAGUUGAAGUUUUUUGUUAAUGGUGUUGAAAUUGAUCAUGCUAUUACAAAUGUUAAGGGAACUGUAUACCCUGCUUUGUAUGUUGAUGAUGGUGCUAUUUUGGAUAUCAUAUUGGAAAACUUCAAUCAUACACCUCCAGCAGGAUUUGAUAAAAUUAUGUUAGAACAAUCAUUGCUUUAAUAUUUAUUUACACAAAAUGAUUUAUUUAUUUUUGUAUGUGUUUACUAUUAGGUAGUUUUAAGUACUACAAUUAUUGGACUGUAUUAAUUUGUUAUUUAUUCACAAAAAAUAACUUGUACUGAAUUAAUGAACAAAACUAAAACUUAUGUAAUAUGUAUAUGUAAGAAAUAUUCCACAAUUAUGUAUAAAUGUAAGAUAUGACUGUACAUAAGUUAAGUAUUUCCAUCCAUUGUGCAUUUAUUUUUUAUUACAUUUUAUUAAAGCUUUCCUAUAAUCCUAUAAAAGAAUAUUUAUAUCAAUUAAUUUUGAAAUUAUUGAAGAUCUAUUUAAUAUUUAACGCAUAUCAUGUAUUUCUCAUAAUAAAAUCUCUUCACAACAA